AUGCACGAAACCUGGGCACCAUGGUAUACUGGUCACGCACCGACGAAUGCCACCAUCGGCAUUGGCAACUCGAUUGCGGGCAAGACGCACCUGGACGACGUGAAGCGGAUCUACGAGGUUGUGCUGCCGCAUCUUGACGCCGGGGAAGAGGCCGUCGUAAUGUGCCACAGCUACGGUGGGCACCUCGAGAACAGUAUCGACAGAAGAGCAGAUCGCGGAGGAGCGUGCUGUGCAAGGGCGGCAGGAAGUAGUGCUCUAUGUCGCUUCUACCGUCUUGCCGCAGCGAUCGCUCAGCUUGUACGCUCGGCCAGGAUAAGGGACCCAGCUGGCAUAGACAAGACCUAA